GCGGAAUCCGUCUGCGAGUGUGUCUGUCGCGAGCGCGCUCUCCAACGGGAAUAAAGUCCGGCGAGGUGCGUCAGAGCGCCGCGGAGCUGCAGAUACUUCAAGACCGGUGAGGAUUCCAACAACACGCCGAGUUGGAUUACGGCCAGCGGGGCCUGUAAACAUCUUCUAUCUUUACCAUCUCGUGUCUAUAUUAAAUAUCUUUCCCGCCGACUGGAUGGUGAUCGGCCAGAGAGCCGUAGAGGAGCUGUGAGGUCUAACUCACGUCCUCACCUGUCAGGACACACUCCUUUUGUUGUCGGUCUUCAAUUCCUUCUGAGAGAACCCCGGGAUGACGUCUCCCGGCCGGCCAGAUUCCAGUAGAGACCAGCCACUGGAGCUUCUGAAGUCAUCUGAAUUCAACCACAUUCCUGCUGUUGAUGUGAGUGCCGCACUGCCACUGCACUUGCCCCCGUCUGCCAUCCCCAUGGAUCUGCGUGUGGAUCAUCAGUUGGCCCUGGCGCCCCCGGAUCACUGCGAGCAGCAGCUUCAGCAGGAACUGCUGAUCCUCAAACAGAAGCAGCAGAUACAGCGGCAGCGGCUCAUCGAGGAGUUCCAGCGUCAACACGAGCAGCUCUCUCGACAGCACGAGGUGCAGCUGCAGGAGCAUGUCAAGCAUCAACAGGACCUCCUGGCCCUGAAACAUCAGCAGGAACUGUUAGAGCAUCAGAGGAAGCUGGAGCGUCAUCGUCAGGAACAAGAGCUGGAGAAACACCAGAGAGAGCAAAAGCUUCAGUUACUCAAGAAUAAAGAACGUGGCCAGGAGAGCGCAGUGGCGAGCACGGAGGUGAAGAUGAGGUUACAGGAGUUUGUCCUGAAUAAGAAGAAAGCUCUGGCACAGAGGAGUCUGAACCACUGCCUGCCCAGCGACCUGCGAUACUGGUAUGGGAAAACCCAGCACAGCUCCCUUGACCAGAGCUCGCCACCUCAAACAGGGAUUUCCACUUACAACCACCCGUUGCUGGGAAUGUACGACCCCAAAGAUGACUUCCCGCUGCGCAAGACAGCUUCUGAGCCCAACCUGAAGCUACGAUCCAGACUGAAGCAGAAAGUGACAGAACGCAGGAGUAGCCCGCUGUUGCGGAGGAAGGACGGCGCCAUCACCUCUGCUAAGAAACGCUCUCUCGACAUGGCUGAAUCGGCGUGCAGCAGUGCUCCUGGUUCUGGUCCCAGUUCACCCAACAACAGUUCAAACAACAUCACCAAUGAGAACGGCAUCGCUGGAUCCAUCUCCCACAGUCCAGCGGAGGCAUCUUUGGCACACAGACUCGCGGGCAGAGAGGGUCCUGUUAGCCAGCUGUCUCUUUACACAUCACCAUCCCUUCCCAACAUCACUCUGGGCCUGCCAGCCACCGGCCCUUCCAGCGUGGCAUCAGGCCAGCAGGAUGGUGACAGGCUGGCAGUGCCAGGCUUGCAGCCAGGAAUGCACAUAACCACUCCGUUCCUGCCAGGGGCCCACCUGCCUUACCUGACCGCCUCCUCCUUAGAGCGAGAGGGCAACUCUGCACACAACUCUCUUCUCCAGCAUAUGGUGCAGUCAGCCACACAGAACCAACACGUCACGGGCCUGGGGAGCAUGCCCCUGCAGUCACAUCCCAUCCACAAGCUUCGACAGCAUCGGCCCCUGGGACGCACGCAGUCGGCUCCUCUGCCUCAGAACUUUCAAGCUCUGCAGCAGCUGGUGGUUCAACAGCAGCACCAGCAGUUCCUCGAGAAACACAAGCAACAGUUCCAACAGCAGCAACUUCACAUCAGCAAGAUGAUGGCUAAGCCGAGCGAGCCAGGCCGACAGCACGAGAGUCACCCGGAGGAGACAGAAGAAGAACUGAGGGAACAUCAGGGGAUGGCCGACCCGACAGAGAGUCUUCCCCACGGGGUCACCAUCAAACAAGAACCUCCGGACGAACCGGGUGAAGGAUUCCAGCAUAGAGAGAGGCAGGCUGAGGAAGAGAUGCUCUUCAGGCAGGUAAGCUUUGAGCAAGCUCUCCUCUUGGAGCAACAGAGGAUCCAUCAGUUGAGGAACUAUCAGGCGUCCAUGGAGGCGGCCGGGCUCUCUUUGACGUUCCCAGGGCAUCGACCUCUGUCCAGAGCACAAUCAUCUCCAGCCUCAGCCAACUUUCCCAUCGUCGCUCAGGAACCGCCCGUCAAACCACGCUUCACCACCGGUCUGGUGUACGACACGCUGAUGCAGAAGCACCAGUGCAUGUGUGGAAACAGUAACAUUCACCCCGAGCAUGCAGGCCGCAUCCAGAGCAUCUGGUCACGCCUGCAAGAGACAGGACUGCGCGGUCAAUGCGAGUGCAUUCGAGGCAGAAAAGCCACUUUGGAGGAGCUGCAGACGGUCCACACCGAGGCUCACGUGAUGCUGUACGGCACCAACCCGCUCCGACAGAAACUGGACAGCUCGGUGACACCCAUGUUCGUGAGACUGCCGUGCGGCGGAAUCGGGGUUGACAGUGACACAAUCUGGAAUGAAGUACACUCCUCCAGUGCUGCUCGUCUGGCCGUGGGCUCCGUGGUGGAUCUGGUGUUUAAGGUGGCGUCAGGAGAGCUGAGGAAUGGCUUUGCUGUGGUAAGACCUCCAGGACACCACGCUGAGGAAAGCACUCCAAUGGGAUUUUGCUACUUCAACUCGGUCGCCAUUGCGGCUAAACUCCUGCAGCAGAGACUGAACGUCAGUAAGAUUCUGAUUGUCGACUGGGAUGUUCACCAUGGCAACGGGACCCAACAGGCCUUCUACAGUGACCCUAAUGUCCUGUAUGUGUCUCUUCAUCGCUACGACGACGGCAACUUCUUUCCUGGAAGCGGAGCACCUGACGAGGUGGGCGCCGGUCCAGGUGUGGGUUUUAAUGUGAAUAUGGCUUUCACUGGAGGUCUGGAGCCUCCCAUGGGGGACACGGAUUAUCUGGCAGCAUUCAGGACGGUGGUGAUGCCAAUAGCCAACGAGUUCGCUCCAGACGUGGUGCUGGUUUCUUCAGGCUUUGAUGCUGUGGAGGGGCAUCUGCCACCACUAGGAGGAUACAAACUAACGGCCAAAUGUUUUGGCUACCUGACCAAGCAGCUGAUGGGACUGGCCGGCGGUCGGGUGAUUCUCGCCCUGGAGGGGGGUCACGACCUCACGGCCAUUUGCGAUGCGUCUGAAGCAUGUGUUUCUGCUUUGCUUGGAAACGAGCUGGACCCUCUCCCAGAAGAAGUGCUACAAGAGAGGCCGAACUCCAACGCUGUUCAGUCCAUGGAGAAAGUGCUGGAAGUUCACAGUAAAUACUGGCGCUCACUGCAGCGCUCUGCAUCCACUCUGGGCUACUCGUUGCUGGAGGCGCAGCGUUGUGAAAGCGAUGAGGCGGAGACCGUGACCGCCAUGGCCUCCCUGUCCGUGGCCAACAAGCACAUGGGAAAGAGGACAGAGGAGGAGCCUAUGGAAGAAGAACCUCCAUUGUAGAAGGUCCGCUGAACUUCCAUGGCGACCCUCUUGGCUCGGAGCCUCUUCAAGGCCUCUGACCUCACUCUGCUCUCUCCAUCCGUUUCAUUUAUCGCCGCGCCUCCGGCAGGCAGCACGACGUGUUUACUUUGAACACAGGAACUGAAACGGUCUGAAGAAAUUUCAAUAACACCCAGAGUGCAACCGUAAAAAAAACGUCUCAGCUGGGUCUCCGUAUGUGGCGGCGUCUGGGAUGCUGUACUCGGUCUGUUCACACGGGACACUUACUUUUGAGCAGAACAUAGACUCACGUUCCAUUGUUAGAUCUGAGAGCUGGUGCUUUCGACAAAAACAUUUCGUUUUCUUACUUUCCAGAGCCACUAAAUAGCCCACGUGACUGAUUUUGGCUGUGGGCCUCAUUAAGGCCGCAUCCUUUUUGUUGUUGUUUUUUAUAUCUGUUGUCUGUCUUGUCUUUUCUUUGCGAAAAUUCUGACAUUCAUCCCAUUUGUCAUCCAAGUUACUGCUACGCUUAAUUGACCCCGGAGGGCGGAGAACGAGAUGUGAGAUUAAGAGUGAAGAAUUCUGGGAAACCCCACACAGAGGCAUGAGAGCGACGAUGCGAGUUUGUGCCUUUUCCGAAAGAGUUUUCGGAACGGAUCGAGAAGAACAUUGCCUUAAACUAGUUACAGGAGGGAAGACGUCACCCCACCCCGGUUUGGAUUUUAUUUUUUGGAUGGGCGGGGACACGUGAGGGGUCAAAGGCCGGCCUGAUGAUUGGAGAAACCCUCUGCAUGUUUACCAGGAACUCCCUGCAGAUAUCAUCGCAUUUCACGUGCAUCUUACGUUUUUCAUUUUCUCGUGCUUGUGAUGGACAUCGCAUAACUUCAGACAAAUGAACUUGAAAGGUAGUUGCCAGCUAUCCAAUACGCAACCGCUUUCAGUCCACUUCUUCAGUGCUUUAGAAGGCGAGCCAAUGUAGCGACUUGUUUCAACUCUAAUGACCAAAUACGCACCUCCACUUCCUCAAAGGGUUGACCAGCAUGCACUGUUACGGAACAGAUUCCAUCUGCCAAGAUUCCAUUCAACCGAUAAACAGCAGCAUCUACGAAAAAAAAAAAACUAUUGGAAAGCAUGAGUUGACCCCGGUAGUGCCACUAGCUGCAUUCACAUAGAAUAGGGCUGUAAUGACGACGUGUCAAUCACAAAUUUGUGGUUUAAAAAAAUUCACACUAUAGAACUCUAUAUUUUUCCUUUUCUCAACAUGUUGUACUUUUAUAGCGACGGACAUCUAGUAUUCCGAUUUCUUUACAGUUAACCAAGGGCACUAGCGUAUCCACUCACGUUAUUCUACUCAGCAGACGGUCGACUUUAUUGAGGCCGCGAGGAAAAGGGCUGGUCACCGAUUUUAAAUGUACCACUGAGCCUUCAGAUGUGCCACCUGGUGUGAUUUUCGUGCUGGUGUAAAGCGUUACCUUUCCUGCCGUCCGGCCUGAGCUGAGGCUUUGAUGCUGAGGGCUUUCACUAGGGGCAGGUGCUACAGAACAUGUGCUUGUCACAUGACACGAAUCCAGGAAGUAGCGGGACCACCAGCUUCCACUCAAUCGUAAACGCCUCUGAGACAACUGUGAUACUCGGACAAUCUGCAUGGGACUCUUGUAGUUUUGGAGCUGUACCCCACACUUAGAGGGUCGGCGUACCGACGCUUCUGAACAGCACAUAGAACUGUAUAUAUACGCAAGUAUGCAUGCUCACGGUAGAACCUUUGGCUUGACUUUGAUUGUACAUUUAACUUCGAUACUGGACUGAAUAUGAGGUGAUGAUUUGAUAACCCUCAUGCCUGGGCUCACUGCGACUACCUUUGGCAUUCUUUAACCGUGUGUCGAUAUGAGACACGUUAAGGUAGGAGAUUUGACUCACCGUUGCCAUUGUUCCUUCAUUUUUAUAUGAUUCGCCUGUCACUCAUGACUACUCCACUUUGGGCUUUGUGCCCGUUUCUUUUGUGUUUUGUCCUUUGUUUGUUUGUUUUGUACUUUUUCGAUUGUUUGCCAUUUUGUUUCUGGCCUUUUUAUAGUUGACAAUGUGUUUUACAUGCUUCAGAUCGUUCAUUUCUUGUCUUAGAGAGUAACAGCCCUUUGCAGACAUUGUGUGGGGAUGUUUUUUAUUUGUUUUAUUAUUUGUUUGUUUUUGUAUGCGGUGGGAGGGAGAUGGCUUUACUUUGUAUAACGAUUCCAACUAUUGUGUAUUUACUACGUUCUGUUCAUAGUAGAUUUAUAUUGCAAAGAUCUAUAGAUAUAUUAUAUAUGAUAAAGUUUGCAGACUCGGAAUGAGAAAAUUAGUAUUGCAAAGUGAAAUAUAUCAGUAGGUGGUCUGGCUUUGCCCGUUACUGGUUCCACUAUAGGCGUUCAAAGCUGACAUUGAUUUCAUUCCUUUACAGCAACAGUAGUUUGGUUUCAUAACCACCUAAUGGAAACACUCGUGGUUUCACUCUUUAUUCGACAUUUGACCUUGAUAAAUUCAAGAAACAAAAAGACCACGCAAAAUUUGAUGGACUUCAAUUGGUAAGCAUUCGUUUGUUUAGAGCAAGUUGAUGCUGACAUCACGAAUGUUCUUUGGGUAAAUCAAAAAUGGAUGAUGUUAUUUUUGUCCUUUCGAGAAGUGACAGUUAAGGUGGAUCUCACAAAACCAGUCGAGAAGAUUGUCAUGUUUUUUUACACCCUGCAAUUAAAAGAAAGAACUCGGAAAAUUAACUUGAAUAAAACCAGUAAUGUAUUCAAAACACAAAUUAAUUAAUAUAGAAUCAUUGCUGAAAUAAAAGAUAUAGGGGUAUGUUUUAUAAACAUAUAUAAACCUUUUAUAGAGGUCAAUUUAAAAGUGCUUUAAUAUUCACGUUUUGUGGGUGUUUAAUUGUCAUGGAAAUAAUUUGACAUUACAAAACUGCUGAUCCCAAAAAAGGGUGUUUAUUUUCUUGAUGCAAAAUAAAAAUACUUUCCUUUUAAACUCAUUUUAUUCCUUUUUGAUUUCACGGUGAAAUGUGACAUGAAUGUGGUUUUGUGAGAUUUGCCCAUCAGCAUUUGUUCUAUUGAUGUCAGUUUUUCUUUUCAACUUCUGUUUGUAAAAUCAGUCUUGCUGUUUAAAGCAUCAUCUUUUUGGGGCCUUUUGCCAGGAUCAUGUCCAAACCACGUCUAUCAAAUCUCUACCGAACUACUUUCAUGAAAGUGCAAAGACUGACGUUGAUUAAAAUCGUCUUAGAAAUGUAAAGCAACAUUCCCAAAGAGUUUAGUAGUAAGUGCACUAAAACCCAGAAGUCAGAUCUUCACCACAGAACACUUUGCAAUAACCCUCUGGAUAACAGCAGCCUAUCUAUAGUCUUAUCGGGUUCAUCUGAAUAGUCCUUUUAGUUUUGUAUAAAAGAAUAAAAAGCAUUCCAUUUGAUUUCUUGAUUUUAUUUCUUUAACCUUUGACAUAAUGUCAUUCCUGCUUAUUUACCACGAGGUCUGGCCUGAGCAUCAUUUAUUUGCAGGCCGGAGUUGAUUUCAUCGUCUUAUCUUCUCAGCUGUAGAUUUCUGCAUGGUUUGUGCGUCGGCAUGCCCGUCUGUCCUGUAACAUAUUUGCACAGAGGAGGAACACAGGAGGUUUGAUGCUUUUACAAUUUUGGAGGACACGAGAGGGAAGUUUGUCUUUUCCUUCUCCGUUUCUGGUCAGUACGCAGAUAGAACGAUACUCUUUGUUUCCUACAGAUGUGCUUUUUACUUGUUUAAAAAAAGAAUGAAUGACUUUUGAAUAUUUUACAACAAGUUAUUGAGCACUUGUGACAUACAGACUAUAGACUUUAUUGUAUUUAUGUAGAGCCUUGUUUUAGGUGAACUACGCACUACACCACACAUUGGAUUGACCGUGUGACUUCUUAUGCUUUGUUUUUUCCCUACUUUUCCUCUGGAUGUAUUUAUUGGGGCUAGAGGAAGACUAGGAAAAGAUUAGGGUUUGACAUCUGGAAUCAUCUAAGGGCUUUUCCAGAUGCGUGACGGAUAUAUCUUCAGUUUGUCGAAAAGAUAAAAAACACACUUAUCAGCCAGUAAUACCUGUGACCACUGUGGCUCGAGAACAGUUCUAGGUUUACAAAAUGUAAGAAAUGCAUAUUAUUUUUGUCACUUUGUUUUUCCAUUGUUACAAUAGAACUUUUCUUGGGACCUUUGCUCUAACGUUUGUCUUUGACAUCAAUUAUAAAGUACCUUGUUUUUGAAAACCACAAUGUCUUGUUUUUAUUUCUGAUUGCAUUCUGACUUGUCCGUUCUGCUCUUUUGGUAACAAUGAUACUAAUUUAAUCUUUUCAAAAUAAAAAUGAUGGUCAAGGCGUGCAUGACGCCUUCUCUGCGACAUGUAAAGUAAAAAGUGUCUAAUUCUGUGUUUUUAUGAUAUUAUGGUGUUUAGGCCUUAGGGGGCCCAAAAGGUAUCUCUGUACUUUUACAAAUCAAAAAAGCCCCUCUCUAAUAUGCCACAUAAUGUUGAGGUAUCAUUUAUUUUUUUACCAGAGGAAGGUGAAUAGGUGAUCCAUUCAUUUAAUUGGAGAAAACAGGAAACCUUAUUGAUCAUAUUUGGCUAUUUUUGCAGAAAAAAAUCAAUUCUUUAAAUUCAGCUGAGAUCCACAAUGUGCAACACUAUCAGCAUGCUCCAGCAUCCACCAUCAUCCAUUGGCUCUUGUAGUUAUCCACAACGAUGUAACCAAU